AUGCAGCUCGUAUGCCCGCGUGGAGGCCCCCGAGGACCGCCGACGCGGGAUCGCAAGCCCCUUUCGCCGCACAGUGUCGCCGAUUCCUCUCACGGGCACCGCCAGCCAGCACCGCCAAAGCCAAAAACAACCUCACGGGCCGUCGACACCGGCUCGCUGGGCAGCGACCGCGACGGCGGCGGCGUGCUGGUGCUGAUCGCGGGCGGCCACGCUGCGUGCAUGGCUCAGCGGCGCGGUGCCUGCUGCAUGACUUUCGACGAAAGCCCUGCACGUCGCCGUCCACAGGAGCGAGUGGAGGAGUCCUGCGCUCCACGGCACGUUGUCGCCGGGAUGCGUGUGCAGCGGGCGGCGUCGGCCUCUCAGACAGCAGCACCAGGUCCACCAGGUCAACCAGGUUUCGACUGCUGCACCGCCGUUUGGCGCUCCUCAAAGCCCCGUCGUGUGCAACUCCGGCCGCGGCUGCGCGCAUCGCCGCCGGCUGAGGCUCUGUGCCUUGGAGUCACUGCGGGCCUAUACGCUCCCUGGCUGCUGAAACCGGCGCUGGAGGAUUUGAUGCCUGACGCCGCUGGCGGUGCGGGACGUGGCUGCUAG